AUGCAGAUAAUUUCAUCCACGCGGUUCAGCUCGACCAGGCAACAUUUGGAUGAGGUCAUUCCAAUGAGUCAAAUGGCCUGCCACUUUUCCUGCGGGCCACCGCGUAGAACCAGAUCAAAAACGAAUUUCAUCUCGCUGUUUAUCCUGGUUUUUGCGACCCUCAUCAUUGCUUUCGUGUUGGACAAGUCCUGGACGAAAUCACUCAACUGUCACAAGACAUCGCACCCGCGGUGCUCGGUGAGGAGCCUCACCAUUUUUCUUCAACUUACCGCAGACGUCUGA